AUGAUUUACAAAAUUUAUAACUACUCCCGGAAACUUUACGAACACAGGGAUAAAUUCAUGAGAUACUUUUCUGCUAAAAAUGAAUCUGUAAACAUUUAUCAUGAUAAAUUUCAGAAAAGUGUAUAUUUCGUGUAUGAAAAUGCAAACCACUACAAUUUCAAUGAAUACCCAGUAGUUUUGAACCAAGAAAGGCAAGGGCACAAUGGGAGAAGAAGUCACGCGAAAGUCAAAACUAUUUUAUUCGCAAAUAUGUUGGGCCUAAGUGUGCAUUCAAAGGAAGAUGAAAAUUUAGAAAAUAAAGACAUAAGUAUUAAAAAAAAUGAAUUUAGUUUAAUAAAUAAUAAAGGCAGAAUAUCUACAAAUUCAAAGGACACCCACAACGUGGAAGCAGACUCUAUGCACCCAGGAAAGAGUAAGAAAAAAUCAAAAGAUGAUAAAUAUGAAUAUUAUCAAGAAUUAAGUGAAUAUAGUAACAUGCAAAUAUUCUCUAGCAAUAGCCACCAUGAAUUGGCCAAUGAAAUAUGCUCCAAUUUAGGAAUAGGCUUAGGCAGAGCUUAUGUCGGAAAAUACAGUGAUGGAGAAAUAGCCCUUCAAAUAAUGGAUGAAGUUAGAGGCAGAGAUAUUUAUAUAAUUCAUUCUACCCCGUCCGGUGGUAAAGAUAUUCAUUCCCGUUUAAUGGAAUUGUUUUUAUUCGUUUCCACGUUAAGGAGAUCUUCUGCAAAAAAGGUUACUGCCGUUAUACCAUACCUAAAUUACUCCAGACAAACUAUGCAAUUGGAUCAUUUGAAUCAUGUCCAUUCUCUUGGAGCACCUGAAAUAGCUAUACUAUUGCAAGCAUGCGGUGUUGAUGCAAUUAUUUCAGUUGAUUUACAUAGUCCACGAAUUGAGGGAUUUUCCACGGACGAAAAACUUUUCCAGCCCCCUCUUAUGAAUAUUAAUCCCCAAUCCUUAGCUGUGGAAUAUUUUAAAAAAAAAAAACUUCAAAACCCAGUUAUUGUUUCGAUUGACAAUGAUGGAGCAGAAAGGACGAAGGAAUUCUGGAUUCGAAUGAAAAAGCAUUCUCUUAAUGCCGGGUUUACAACGAUUGUUUCUAGCGCAUAUAACGAAAUGAACAGUAGAGAAGGGCAUCCAAAUGAUGAUGGAAGUGAAGGCAAAAACACGUCUAGUAAUAAAUAUUUUAAUAUAUUUAGUCAAGAUAGAAGAAAAAAUACCAAUACCAUCACAACCCCCGUAAAAAAUGUAGAAAAUAAAAAUAUAAAUUACAUAACUCCAAAUUCUGAAAAGGAGAAAUUUACCAUAGUUGGAGAUAUCAAAGGUUGUGACUGCAUUUUAGUAGAUGAUAUUCUGGACACUGGCGAAAAAUCUAAAAAAGUUGCAGCUCUUUUGAAAAGUGCUGGAGCUAGCAAAAUAUAUCUUUAUGCUACUCAUGCUAUCUUAUCAGACGGAUGCAUCGAAAAUAUUAACGAAUCCUGUAUAGAUGAAGUUGUAACUACAAACACUAUACAUAUUCCAAGCAAUAUAUGUUGUGAAAAAUUGCACGUUCUGUCAGUUGCCAAAUUAUUGGCUGAAGGAAUAAAAAGAGUUCAGAACGAACCAUCACAAAAUGCACUGGAAGAUUUCUCAGAUGGAGAAGUAGUAAUAAGGGAAAAAUAA